AAUUUGAUCACCCAAUCCCCUGUCAAAAUCACGCUCAUAUAUAGAUCUGCCAGUAUAUUAUUCACAUUUCUCUCAACCCAAUUCUCCAAAAUUGUACUAUGAUAAACUAAAAUAGGAGAAAAAAGAUUAUUUUUCAGACUCUCCAUCGCCGUCGCAGCCGCCGGAGACGUCGCCGUUGUGCUGGUAGCUACUGCGUAGUUAUUGAGUAGAUCUUGAGAAGCAGUUAGGGCAAAUGGAUUCAUCGCCUUCCCGAUUGGGAAGGUACGAAAGCAAUCUCGCCAAUCACAGUAGCAAAAUUGUCCGGAAUUCGUCGUCGUUGGCGAAAUCGAUUUCCGAUUCCGGCAGUCAAAGUCUAGCUUCAAUUCUUAAUAAUCCACACGCCGGAAAAUCGGACUACUGGUGGUCACCAACGUCCUCCAUCCCCGCGCCAGAAUUCGCGCCUUUACCCGCUGCCAACUCUGCCGGCAUCCCGAAACCCGGAUCCGAAGUGAACAAACCUGAUUUCGGACCCUAUCUUAGCUCCAUUACCGAGCAUUACAGUCGUUUCCACGAUAUUCAGCAGCAUGAAUCGCUCGAGGGGCAGGACAGUGAGUUCGCAGGCCAGGGCGAGGCAUUGGUGGCUUGCUUGAGGGAAGUUCCAGCUUUGUACUUCAAGGAGGACUUUCAAUUGGAAGAUGGCGGGACUUUUAAGGCGGCGUGUCCGUUUAAAACGACGGCGGAGAAUUUAGUUCUGCAGGAGAAGCUCUCGCAGUACUUGGAUACGGUGGAGCUGCAUUUGGUAAAGGAGAUUUCGCUCCGGUCGAGCUCUUUUUAUGAGGCGCAAGGGCAGUUGGAGGAUUUAAAUGCUAAGAUUGUUGAAGGUUGUAAUAGAAUUAGGGAAUUGAAGGAGACUAUAAGGCUUCUGGACUCUGACUUGGUGGGGUCGGCAAGGCGGGUACAGGAGGUCAAUGUUCGGAGGGAAAAUAUGGUUGCUUUGAGGAAAAAGUUGAUGCUUAUACAGUAUGUGAACCAAGCACUCUCAACUCUCAAGUUGCUUAUUACUUCUGCAGAUUGUGCUGGAGCUUUAGAUGUUACUCUUGAUUUGCAGCAUUUACUGGAUGGCAAUGAGCUGACUGGUAUGCAUUGCUUUCGUAACCUUCGUGAUCAUGUAGCAGCUUCUGUGGACUCUAUUAACAGUAUCCUUUCUGCAGAAUUUCUGCACGUGACUAUGCAUGACGAGGUCAGCAUUGAGGGUGUAAGAGCUAGCACCAGCAUAGCUACAAAUGGAAAGGAGGAGAAGACUGAGUUAAAUGAAGAAGAGGUGUCAAAUCUUCGUGAUCGGCUUCUUCCUGUUAUUAUUGGAUUGCUUAGAACUGCAAGACUCCCUGCUGUGUUGAGAAUAUAUCGUGAUACACUUACUGCUGAUAUGAAAGCUGCUUUCAAGGCAGCAGUUUCUGAGCUGCUUCCAGUUCUUGUUGCGAAAUCUUUGGGCUUGGAGUUUAUUUCAGGUGGAAGAAUGGUGAAUACAGAUGGGGGAGGUUCCUCGCUUGCAGAUAAGCUGAAAAAUCUGUCACCUGAAUGCUUUCUCCAACUUUUAAGUGCUAUUUUCAUUGUCGUACAGGCACACUUAGUGCGAGCUUCUGAAGUAAAAAAAGCAAUUGAGUGGAUAAUGUGCAGUCGUGAGGGUCAUUAUGCUGCUAAUACUGUUGCUGCUGCAAUAGCAGUUGGUGCAGCAGCUGCAGAAACAACUCAAGAGACUGAUAGUCAUGGCAGUAAUCUCUUGUCAUACUCAUCUAUCGGAGAUGCUAGAGACAAUGAUGCAACAAGGCCAUCAGAUUCAUCAGGAGAUUUUCGAACUGAUGUUUUAAGGGAGAACACAGAAGCUGUGGUUGCUGCUUGUGAUGCUGCUCAUCAUAGAUGGGCAAAGCUUCUUGGAGUGCGUGCUAAAACUCAUGAAAAGUUGAGGUUACAGGAGUUUUUAAGUGUUUAUAACUUGACUCUGGAAUUCAUGAAUGUAACAGAGAAGAUUGGUGGAAGGUUGGGAUACAGCAUUCGUGGGAUAUUGCAGUCACAGGCUAAAAAUUUUGUUGAGUGCCACCAUGAAUCUCAGAUGACCAAGAUGAAAGCUAUACUUGAACAAGAAAAUUGGAAUGAAAUAGACGUGCCUGAGGAAUAUCAGAACAUUGUCACUUCAUUGUUUUCUUCAGAGUCGCUAGUAAGUGGGGACACAGAUGAUCCUCCUGUUGAUAUAGCGACAAGGAAUGGUGAAAUGGGCACAAACGGUGAUGGUUCAAAUUCAACCCAAAAUGUUGACCGGAUUGAUUCUGUUGGAUCAAGUGGAGAUAGUGUUGUGCAGCCUCUGCCAGCGCAGAACAAUAUUAUCGAAAAUGAUACUUCUGUAGCCCAAAGUAGUGAUGCUAGACACAGGGAACGUGGGAGGUCUUCCUGUAGAACUCUGUUAUUUAAGGGCCUUGCAUAUCACAUGGUAAAUUGUGGCUUGAUUUUGGUAAAGAUGUUGUCAGAAUACAUUGAGAUGAUUACGUAUUUGCCCGCACAAUCUCCAGAAAUUGGUCAGCGUCUCGUGGAGCUCUUGAAAUUUUUCAAUACUAGAACUGCUCAGCUUGUUCUUGGUGCUGGAGCCAUGCAGGUGUCUGGUCUGAAGUCUAUUACUUCUAAGCAUCUGGCUUUGUCCAGUCAGGUCAUCGGCUUCACGUAUGCUGUCAUUCCUGAAAUCAGGAGGAUUCUUUUCUCUAAAGUACAUGAGACGCGGAAGACUGUAAUUGCAUUCGAGUUUGAUCGAGUGACACAGGAUUAUAAAAUUCACCAGGAUGAGAUACACUCAAAGCUGGUUCAGAUUAUGAAAGAAAGAUUGCUAUUUCAUCUUCGUGGGUUGCCAGAAAUUGUUGAGAGUUGGAGCAGUUCUGAAGAUUCCAAUACACUGCCAAGUCAGUUUGCUCGGUCUAUCACUAAGGAAGUUAACGUUCUACAGCGUGUCUUAUCCCGUACUCUACAUGAGUUUGAAGUUCAAUCUAUCUUCAGGCAAGUGGUUGUGAUAUUCCAUGCCCAAAUUUCAGAGGCAUUAUCCAAAAUUGAUAUUAGCACUCCACAAGCUAAAACCAGACUUCAUCGUGAUAUUGAGAGCCUUCUUCAAUGCAUUAGAUCAUUGCCUUCUGGAAAUUGGAGUGACGCUAGUCCACCAAAUUGGGGGCAACUAGAUGAACUCUUGGUGCAAAGAUUUGGCAGAGAAGUUGAUCCGUAGAUGCUUGUAAAGUAGUUAGUUGAUAAUUGUGGAUUAACAACUAAUCGCAUCUGCUGGGACAAUCUGAGGUGCCAUAAGCCUAUAAUUGGAUUGUUAUACCUCCAAUUGAGGAGUUCGUUUGCUCUUUCAAUGUAUCACUCCUUAUGCAAAUUCGAAUGUGCAGGAGAGGAGAGGAUCUUUUUUAACUGUUGUUUUUUAGAAAUCAUGUGUACCAUUUGCUAAACCAUUGUCUAUAGAAAUCCUAAAACAGCUGAAAAGGAAUCAGAUAUGUGCAGUUCAUUUUGCCCCAUGAUUUUGUUGUUUUAGUAUGGGGCUGCUGAGUUUUUACCUUUUUAUUUUUUCGUUUAUUUGUUCUUCAGUUUUGUCAUCCAAUUUUUUCAGGUUGAUAUAUUAUCAUACGGAUCAAUUGAGCAAUGUGCGGAUGUGAAACUACUGCAUAAUCCAUCUUUCUCUGAUUCAAGUAUGCGUUUAAUAUGAUUCGUUUUA